AUGUGCACGGGGAAGUGUUCGAAGUGCAUUGGGAUCACCCUGUUCCCACUGGCGGCAUGUGCCAUAGUCUCCAACAUCCUCCUGUACUUCCCCAAUGGACGAGUUCUGCAGCUCAGCGAGAUAACCGAUCUGGUCUGGUUUUUCCAUGGCAUUCUGGGAGCUGGGAUACUGGUUAUUUUGCCGGCAUUCAUGAUGCUGGGAGCAGGCGGAGCAGGAUGUUGCGCUAACAGAUGUGGGAUGCUGCUGUCAGUGGUUCUGGCUGUGCUGGGAUUUGCAGGAGGAGCAUAUUGUGCGGUCAUCUCCUCACUGGGGCUGAUUGGGGGCCCUCUGUGUGACACAGGUGAUGGAGAAUACCUCUACCCUUUCAGGAACGACACUCUGGAAGACAAUUAUUUGUUCAACCAGACAACAUGGAGCAUUUGCAAAGAACCUGAAAACAUCAUCCUUUGGAAUAUCGUCCUUUUCUCUAUUCUCCUGGCCAUUGGUGUGAUUGAAGCUAUUCUUUGUUUUAUUCAAGUCAUCAAUGGACUUACCGGCUUCAUAUGUGGCACAUGUAUGAAGAAAAGAAAGACAAAUAUUUCUGGAAUGUGA